GCCCGCCAAACCUCGCGCAUAGAAUCACCAAUGUCACCUGACCUUCGUUCCCUCCAAUGCGUUUGACUGGUUGGUUUUAAAUGUUGGAUUCAGUCUCAAAAAUACCUAACCAUCCUGUACUCGUAAGUCCAUGGACAAAUGGAAACCAUCACCUCCGAUGAGAACCAGCCAGCCACAACCGGCCUCGAUUCCCCAAUUGUUCCCCAAAUAGACCAUCACGAUGAUGACCUUUUGGAGCUCCAGUCUCUCCGCCAGUCUUAUGAGACUCUUCAAUCAAAAUACUCUGUUAUGGAGGAAAAUAUGCUUCUUGUUCAGCAGCAGAGAGACGAGGCAUUGGAACACAAUGUCAAUCUCAAAAUAGUUAUCAAUGAAACUACGCGAGAAAGGGAUUCUCUUCGAGAACAAAUUCGUGAACUUGAGAUCUCUUUUAAACAAAGGGAAGAUGAGUUUGCAAAAACGAUUGAUCGAGAAUCGUCAAUAAAAGAAGAACUUGAAAAGGAAGUGGAAGUUGCCAAGGAGAGAAAUAAAGAGUUGGAAUUGAGGAUAAAAGAGGCGGAAGCUAAAAAUAAUUUCUUGUUGAAGACUUUGGAUGCUCUUAGGCCAGUGAAAGAUUGUUUGGUCGGAAUCAUAGAGUGUUUUGAUGAGGAGGAAGUGAUUGACAGGAUGAAUAAUGACGAGGGUGGUGUAGAACUGGAACUAGACAGUGGAUCAAAAGCAAUUUGGAAAGAAUUCACGCCAAUUACAAGGCUAGCAAGCGACGCAAAAUCAAAAGUAUUUGAGUUUAUGGAGAGGAAGAAGAGUGAAAUAAGGGAGUUGGAGAAUAGUGUAGUGAGUUUGACAGAGGAGAAUCGCGAUAUCAAUUCUUUGUUAAGGGUUGCUUUGUUGGAGAAGGAGACAGUAGAGAAGAGUUUGAACAAGUUGAAAGGGAACACUGAGCAGAGGAGGGUGGCUUUGCUGCAAAUUGCAGAGAGGGGGUUGCAGAAAGUAGGGUUUGGCUUCAUGAUGGGAAGUGGGAGUACUGAGCAAUCAGGGGAGAGUUCAGGAGCUAAUACUAAUGCCAUUCCUGCAAUUACUACUGCCAGUACUAAAUCAGAUAGCAGCGAGUGUGAAGAAGAGGUUGUUAGUCUGGCCUCAACUGUCGAGAGAAUAAUGAAGAAUUUACGACUUGAAAUCACUCAACUGAGAAGAUCGCUGGAAGAGUCUAGGUCAGAUACUGAGCGACUACAGAGUUUUACAGAGAAACAAGCUCAACAAAUUGCAGAAAACACACUAUACAUAAAAGAGUUGGAAGAAAGGGAGAGGGUGUUAGCUCAAAAUGUAGAGGAAUUCUUCAUAGAAAUAAAAGAAACUGAGGCAGAGGUUGAUAGAUGGAGGGAAGCCUGUGAGUUGGAAGUUGAAGCGGGGCAAAAAGAGCUUGAAGAACGUGAAAAAGUGGUUGUCAUACUGAAGCAAGAACUGGAGAGAACGAAGACCGCUUUAGAGAUAUCAAAUGGAAAGUUAAAACUGAAAGAAGAACUUGCAAAUGCUGCAAUGGCUGCCCAAGCAGCAGCAGAAAAAUCACUGCAGCUGGCUGACAGUAGAGCUGCAGAACUCCAUCAGCGGAUUGAGGAGCUAAGGAAACAACUAGAAGUAGCAGAGAGCCAAGAGCGUAGCCGCCGCAGAGUGAGGCAUAUAUGUUGGCCGUGGCGAACUCUGAAACAAAGUUUAGCCGGUAAUGCGAAUAAAAGAGCAGAGUGUGAAACGGAUGCUACCAGAAAUGCAAGCCUUACUUCAUUAUAGUGUGUGAGCUUGGAAUAAUUUAUAUGAAUGUCACAUUCUUAUUUCAGAUGAAGGCACCGUUAGUUCGUUA